AUGGUGAGUUGCACUUAUAAAUGUGAAUCCUGGGGGAAGGGGGUACAAGCAACAAUUUCAUGGAUGUUGUCAACUAUUCUUGUCAAAUUUUUGUUUGCCUUUAGAUAAAUGUACCUGUAACCAAAGCAGCCUCUGAUGCCCUAAACACAGGUAAAUAGAGCUUAAUUAAAAUAUGAAAUUUUUCAGCCCGGUUUGCCAGGAUGAAACAAUUACAUGGAAAUUUUAUCCUGGGAAACCGGGCUAGCCCACUUGCAACAAAUGAGACAUCUAGCUGCAAAGCAAGCUGGUAUGUAAUUGAAACAUUAUAUGAUUACUAUAGUAAGCGGGCUAGACUGGUCGUUAUAAUACUGUAGUUCCCUUAAAAAAUAUUUAGAUUGAGAAUCUACAUGAAGGCAACAGUUAAUGUUUUCUAAUUAAACGACUGGUGUUUUCUGAUAUUUAUAAUUUUGAUUUACAGAUGAAGAAACAGAGUUGGAUGUCACAGUAACCAGUAUUGACAACUCCUUGUUUUCCAGUAAUGUCCAUAGAGUUUACCAAGGCAAAAAUUAAAAUAAAUGGAAAGAAUUUGAAUGGCUUGGUAAAAAGAGGGGUAGACAUUUCUCCUGGAAAAGUUAAAUGUACCUCAUAUUGCCAAGUGAAGAUCGAUGAAAUUGACUAUACAGUUCUCUGGAAAUUUUCAAACUGCCAGGUUGAACUAUGUGAGGCAACAGCACAGGCAGCAGCAGAACCUACGCCAGCUCCUAAAGAAAGCUAUGAGAGUGACACAGAUACUCAGCACACUUUACCAUUCAAAGUGCUUGGGACAUGCCACUCGACAUGUAGACAAGAUGCCCUUGAGGAAGCGUAUUCCUACCUAAAUGAAUACAAUAGGCCAGUUUUUGUCAAACUGGAACAUGAAGUAGACAAUGCAUAUGACAGUAAUGCAAUAGCAGUUUUUGUUCAAACCGAUUAUGAAUAUAAAAAAGUGGGUUAUAUUGCAAGCGAAUUAACUAAGUAUGUUCACCAGCACUUGCAUGAUCCCGAUUUCACUGUUUCAGUGAGACACAUUCGGUUUUGCACAAAUUUUUGGAUGGUUGGAUACUAUAUUACAAUAGAACUUUCAAAGAAAGGGUUGUGGGACAAGGAGGUUGUUAAAGCAAGUAAACGUGUAAAGUAA